AUGUCCACCCGGGGCGAUGUCACUUCGCCGUGCCUCAACUCUAAGGGAGAACCGGAAAUCACGCUGGAGAGAAGGGGCGAGGCGGGGAGUGUGGCGUGGUUGACCCUCAACAAACCUGAGAAGCUGAACGCGCUGAGCUUGACCAUGGUCCGGGGGAUGUCGGCAGCUAUCGAAGAGCACUGGUCGGUGGACCAAGUCCCGAAGCUGCUGGUUCUCCGAGGAUCUGGAGGAAAGGCGUUUUGCGCGGGCGGGGACGUCAAGGCUGUCGCUCAAUCGGAGCGGCGUGGUCUCGGGGUAUCCGGCACGUUGAGGCGCGACUUCUUUCGCGAGGAGUACGUGCUGGACUACCGCCUUGCGGAGAUCGCCAAAGAACAGGCGCUGCUGUCGUUGUGGGACGGCGUGGUGAUGGGCGGGGGCGUCGGAAUAUCGGUCCACGGAACGUUCCGCGUGGCGACAGAGACGUCGCUGUUCGCCAUGCCCGAGACAGUGAUCGGGCUAUUCCCCGACGUUGGCACGGCGCACGUUCUCUCCAGGCUGCCUGGGGGGCUGGGGCAAUACCUGGGCUUGACGGGUGCAAGGCUGCGGGGGAACGACCUGUUGCAUUGCGGCCUCGCCACUCACCUCGUGCCUAGAGACAGGCUGUCGGAGUUAGAGGAGGCCCUUGCAGCAGACGGAGGGGACGACCCCGCGUCGGUGCUUGGGCGGUUCGCCUCAGGGGCGGGCGAUCCGGCUUCCUCCAUGCUGGCGCAGAACAAGCGCUGGAUCGACGAAGCGUUCGGCGGAGCCCCCUCCGUCGAGGAAAUCGUGCUUCGCCUGCGGGGGAUGGUCGCCGAGGCUUCCGGCGGCCGGGAGUGGGCGCAGGGCGCGCUGGAAAGCCUCGCGAAGGCCUCCCCCACCGCUCUCAAGGUGACUCACCGGCAUAUCUCGUGGGCAGCCACGACCACCCUGAAGGACUGCCUAGAACAGGACUUCCGCGUCAUGCAGCACAUGGCGAUGAACGGGGAUUUCGACGAAGGCGUGCGGGCCCUGCUCAUCGACAAGGACAACCAACCGGCGUGGUCACCGCCCACCCUGGAAGGAGUCGCCGACUCGAGAGUACAGGAGCUGUUUUCGGAGAUCGAGGCCGGCGAAACCGUUUUCUGAUUACUGUGUACUUUGCCUGCACAAAGGUUUUGCGAAAUUGCGCCGGAAAGGGUUGAGGUUGCUGGCCCGUGUGAGAGAGCUCGGAAGGUCGGUGGAUGUUUCAACCCCCCUCCUCCGCACACACACGCACACACCCUUGACGAAGAAUUAGUUGAGUGACGAUCGUGUAAGUAGUGUUUUGAUUUGUUGAGGUCGGGAGGGAUGGGCGUUACAGAUAGAUGCGACGUGGAACGCGAACGUACGUUCCGUGAAUCAGAGAGUGUGAAUCAGUGAAACGUCGUCGCUUGCCACACUCAACUCGUGCCGUGUUGGUCGCUAUAGGCUGCGUCUGAGUGUCUUGUUUUGCUGGUGGUACUGUACUGCAGUUUGACC